AUGCCAUCAUAUCAAAAAGAAUUAGAAGUCGCGAUUAAAGCUGUUCGUAGAGCAUCAAUAUUAACAGCCAAUGUCCAAUCUAGAGUUAUUGCGAACAAGUCAUCCUCAACAAUCACAAAAUCAGAUGCUUCACCGGUUACUGUUGCAGAUUAUGCAGCACAGGCUAUAGUUAUUAAUGCGCUUAAAUGCAGUUUCCCCUGUGAUGAAAUAGUUGCUGAAGAAAGUUCUGAUGGCCUUAGUGAUGAUUUUUUAAACCUAAUAUUAAAUGAAAUCAAUGAAAAUGCGCCCAAGCCAGAAGAUGUAUCUCUUUGCAACAAAGAAUAUCCGUUAUCCUCAACUAAAAAUGUUGCUGAAAUUAUAAAUAAUGGUGGGUCUAAAGGUGGCUCACAGGGCAGAUUUUGGUGUUUGGAUCCAAUUGAUGGUACCAAGGGGUUUUUAAGGGGUCAACAGUUUGCUGUCUGUUUAGCCUUGAUUGAAAAUGGUAAAGUUCAAUUGGGUUGUGUUGGUUGUCCAAAUUUAAAGUUGAAUGAUUUUGAUGAUGAUGAUGAUGCUACACUCACCACUGGUAAGAAAUACGAGGACCCGGAAAAAUACGGGUAUAUUUUUUAUGCAAUUACUGAUGAGGAAAAAGCUUAUUAUGUUGAAACUCUGGAAAGGGGAAACAACCGUCCUCAAGUUAUCGAGCCACAUGCAAACGCUGUUACUGAUUUCAGUAAAAUGAUUUCUGUAGAGGGUGUAGAAAAGACUCAUUCUUCACAUGAUAAACAAGACAUUAUUAAGUCUGAAUUGGGCAUUAAUAAAUCAGUCCAUUUAGAUUCUCAAGUGAAAUACUGUUUAUUAGCCUUAGGUUUGGGCCAUGUUUAUUUGCGUUUACCAAUAAAAAUGGAUUUUGAAGAGAAAAUUUGGGAUCAUGCUGCUGGUAAUGCUUUGGUUCGUGCGGUUGGUGGGUGUCACACCAGCAGUUUAUCUGAUGAACCAUUGGAUUUUAGCAAGGGCAGAACUUUGAAGACCAAAGGUGUUAUUGCAUCUGUAAUCCCAGCAAAUUUACAUUCUAAAAUUGUUGCCAGCGCUAAAAAGGCUAUUUUAGGUUAA